AUGAACACCCCUCCUCAUUGUGUACUUCCUGACGAACUCAUUGUGGAGGUCCUGUCAUGGCUUCCGGUGAAAACCCUCAUAAGACUUAGGUGCAUGAGUAAGGUCUGGAACUCCCGUAUCACCUCUGAUGCCAGCUUCAUCGAAUUGCACCGUCGAAGAACAGCUGCACAAAACCCCCAAUUGUUGCUCCAACGAGAUCGUCGUAAUUGCAAUUUCACAUCACUCCCCAUAAGUCGUUUAGUUGAGAACUCAUUGACCGCACUACCCAAUGACCUUCGCCGCCACUUUGGGGACCAUGGGUGCAUAUAUAAAUGGUUGAUCGGUUCUUGCAAUGGCUUGAUCUGCAUACACUUUCAUUCUUUCAGCAUAUGGUACAGAGAGAAUUGGCUUUGUUUCUGGAACCCGACGACCAGGUCUGUAUCUGAAAAGUUAGGGUAUUUUCAUACUGAGAACCGCUUUUCCAAGUUUGCCUUUGGUUAUGAUAAUACAAACAACACUUACAAGGUGGUGUUUUUUGAUUUGGGGAAUGGUGAAAUAAAAAUUGGCAAGGACUCACAAGUAACUCCGAUGAAAGUUUUCACCUUGGGUGAUAAUAUUUGGAGGGACAUUCAAAGUUUACCUGUGGGCGUGGUUACUCUUCACGAUAAUUUUAAGGAACCAAGAGAUGGAGCGAAUUUGAGUGGCACUCUUAACUGGAUGGCACUUCAUAAUAAUCUCACUCCUUUUUAUGAUCCAAAGGUUAUUACAGUUGAGAAUAUCUUAAUUCUUUCGCUUGAUCUAGCUACAGAGACAUACACCCAGUUUUCACUGCCUCAGGGUUUUGAUGAGGUUCCCUGUGUGGAGCCGAGUGUUCUGGUUUUGAUGGAUUGCUUGUGCUUUUGUCAUGUUUGGAAAAAAACUCAUUUUGUUAUUUGGCAGAUGAAAGAGUUUGGGGUUGAAAACUCUUGGACUCAGUUGUUGAAGAUCAAUUACCAGGAUCUCCAAAUUCAACUCUCUAGCGAUAUUAAAUAUCAAUUGUUUCCAUUGUUCCUUUACAAUCAUACACUGAUAUUGGUAGAUUCUCAUGAUGACCAAGCAAUACUCUUUAAUAUGAGAGACAAUAGAGCAGAGAAUACUUGGAUUACAGAUAAAAUAUAUUGGUCCUCUACCGUGAAUUACGUUGAAUCCUUGGUUUCUCCUCAAUGA